AUGAAGGUACAUUUAUUAAAAAAUGGCAAUUCUUGUAAGCCUGUGUGCGUUUUCAAGGUUGUGAUUGGAUUAUUCGCAACACGUGUCCUUUCGAUACGAUUAUACAACUACUUUUCGACUACGCUUUACAAGUUAGAGAUUUUAUAUCCAUUUUAUAAGGAAACUGAAAAAAAGCAACCAAAAAUUAAGGAUGAAAAUCUUGUGGCUGUACCUCUGUCACGAGUUAUUACCUGUGAAGAUAACGUUAGCUCUUUAUGGGCUCGGCUUUUAUUUGCUAACGAACCGAGUGUUCUUGAAGAAAAUUCUUGCCCAACUCCAAAGUGCAUCAAUAAUAAUAAUACUAAGAAUGUAUCAAUUUUAUCUGUAAAUUAUUCAACGAUUAUCCGAAGAGGCUUUGGCGCACUAGAGAAAGCAUUAGAUUUUCACAGUAUUAUUUAUAAUAUGCGAUGUCAAUAUUGUCACAGCAAUAAAAAAAUAUCUAAAAGAACGCCGAAUUUAUUUAUCUACAUAGAGCUUGACGUAAAAAAACCUGGGGAAACAGAAGGUCGGAUGUGCAAAUUACGUGAGUUCCCAGUAUAUUUAAAUUUAGAAGCCAAUGAAUCUGGAGAUAAUCUUCGUUACCGAUUAUCCGGAGUGGCAGGAUAUUCUACUUUUCACUACAUCGCGUACUGCAGAAGAGUAUCCGGCUCUUGGAUAUCGUAUAAUGAUGUUGCCAAAAAACCUGAAAUGGUAGGAGAUAAUUUGUCAAUAACACCUCAUCGUGUACUUUACAUAGUCAUAGAAUUAUAUUAUUUGAAAAAUGACAAAUAUUUAGAUAAUCGCAUACAUUAA